AUGGAUGAGCACAGUUACAAUGCAGUAGAGGGACAACUCUCUUCGCAUUUUGUAAAAUCUGGGUCCAAUGUCAUAAUUGUGACAAUAAGUUGUGAUGAAGAAGGUAACAAUAUCUCUAAGAGAGGCUCUCAUCUCGAUUGGUACAAUGGUCCUACUCUUUUGGAGGCCUUGAAUCAAUUAAAGGAACCAAUCAGCACUCAAGGUUAUUAUUACAGAAACAAGUUAGAGACUUAUUGUUUGAGGACGUACCAGAUGUUUCCUGUCUAUGUCACAAAAAUUGAAGGAGAACUGCAUAACCUGAAAUUCAGGUCUGAGGUCAAAGUGAAUGAUGAUAUUUUCUGUUCACUGGAGGCCCAUCUACAGCGCAAAGAGGCAGAAUUAGAUGCUGCUCAAGUUGCUUGCACAAGCCUGUUGGGUAAAUGCGACGAUGUUACCUUGAGGAUCGAGAAGGAUGAAUUAUGCGCGAAAUCUAUUCUGCGUGAGUUUGCACUUAAAUCCAAGUCAAGCCUGCCUGUCUAUUCUUCCUCCAUAGUCAAAGAGCUUGAGAUGACAUACUGGAAAUCAAGUGUUCUCUUUGAGGGCGUUUCCUAUGUCAGCGACGACCGUGCUAAGAAUAAAAGGCUGUCCGAACAGAAGGCUGCAUGUGCUGCACUCAAGUCGAUUCUUGCUACAGAAGAUCAUCUCUUGCCCUCGAUCCUGGUCGCUAAGAGAAAACCGACGAGUGCAGUGCCGAAGAGUUCCCGGGCGGCAAAAAAGCAAAAGAUUGGUUCUGAAUGA